AACCUGGUCUGCGGAGCCGUGGUGGGCGGGGCCGACUGGUCUGGCUUUCAGAGUCCUUACCGGGCCUUCCGCAGAGGAGUUGAUUUUUCGGUUACUGGUCACGGUGGGCGCGCUGUGUGCGGUCAGGCUGAGACUCGCGCUGCAAUGGCGACCUUUGUGAGCGAACUGGAGGCGGCCAAGAAGAACUUGAGCGAGGCGCUGGGGGACAACGUGAAACAAUACUGGGCUAACUUAAAGUUGUGGUUCAAGCAGAAGAUCAGCAAAGAAGAGUUUGACCUCGAAGCACAUAGACUGCUCACACAGGAUAAUGUCCAUUCUCACAACGAUUUCCUCCUGGCCAUUCUCACUCGUUGUCAGAUCUUGGUUUCUACGCCAGAGGGUGCUGGAUCUUUGCCCUGGACAGGGGGCUCUGCAGCCAAGCCUGGGAAACCCAAGGGCAAGAAAAAGCUUUCUUCUGUUCGUCAGAAAUUUGAUCAUAGAUUCCAGCCUCAGAAUCCCCUCUCUGGAGCGCAGCAGUUUGUGGCAAAGGAUCCCCAAGAUGAUGAUGACUUGAAACUUUGUUCCCACACGAUGAUGCUUCCCACUCGGGGUCAGCUGGAAGGGAGAAUGAUUGUGACUGCCUAUGAGCAUGGGCUGGACAACGUCACUGAGGAUGCUGUUUCUGCUGUCGUCUAUGCUGUGGAGAAUCACCUCAAAGAUAUACUUACUUCAGUUGUGUCAAGAAGGAAAGCUUACCGGUUACGAGAUGGCCAUUUUAAAUAUGCCUUUGGUAGUAAUGUGACCCCAGAGCCGUACCUGAAGAAUAGUGUGGUGGCUUACAACAACCUCAUCGAAAGCCCUCCAGCCUUUUCUGCUCCCUGUGCCAGUCAGAAUCCAGCUUCUCACCCACCCCCUGAUGAUGCUGAGCAGCAGGCUGCAUUCCUGCUGGCUUGCUCUGGGGACACUCUACCUGCAUCUUUGCCACCAGUGAACAUGUAUGACCUUUUUGAAGCUUUGCAGGUACACAGGGAAGUUAUUCCUACACACACUGUGUAUGCCCUUAACAUUGAAAGGAUCAUCAUGAAACUCUGGCACCCAAAUCAUGAAGAGCUGCAGCAAGACAAAGUUCACCGCCAGCGCUUGGCAGCUAAGGAGGGACUUUUGCUCUGCUAAGUUAGGAUUUGAAGAUUUGGGAGCACCACUGAAUUAGUUGGUUACUGAAAAUGGAAUGCUUUUUUGGGUCCACAUUUCAAGACUGAAGUGUAUAGUUAUGUAUAACCUUUCCUAUGGAAAUGUGACACUGAGUGCAUUUUGUGUUGCUACUGUGAAGCCGUUAAUAUGUCUGCUGAUGGUGACCUGUGUCUGUGAGUUCCCAGUUAAUGGGAGUAGGCACUCAAGUUCUGUGCCUGGAAUAGGGAUGUUUAGGCAUCUGAGGUUUAAUAUCUCUGGUCUGUGGGUAAGAUAGAUGACAUCCUAAAGAAGCUAUUGUAACUUAGUCUCUAUGAUGAGUAGGACAUUUCUGUGUUCAGUGAUAUGUAUUCUGUAUUUGGCAAGUCUUAAGAUUUCUGCUUCUCCUGAAGAAGUGUUCCCUGAUAUGGUGGAAUAACCUACAGUGUUAAAAGUCAGGCACCUCCACGACCAGUUAGCGGCUAUUGGAUGUUCACGAGCAACCCACUGUUUUCACUCCACAGAAAUGUGACUUGGAAAUGUGCUACUACACAACAUCAGAUCCUUUAUUUGCAUUUAAACCUGAAUCCAAACUCUUGAAUGCAGUUAUCUUCACAAAGCGUCUUCCUAUAACUCAGUUUCUUUAAGCUUUAAUAUGUCCAAAGACUGACUGACAUGCUCAUUAACCAUAUAGAAUGUGUUUUCAAGAACUCUUACAAGCUGGAUUUAUCUUAGGUAUUCUCUUAUUUCUACAAAAUACCUGUUUCUAGCCUUUCAAGUGAUAACAUGAAAACAAUUUACAUUUGACAGUGUUACUGAUAACUUUGUUGUUUUAAAAAUAUGUUGCUUUUCAAAUAGUGUUGAUGGAUAAAUUAGAAUGUAUAGAUAGGUAUUAGGCCUAAACAGUGGAUACAUACAGAUGUUUUUCUGUAGUUCAUGUAUCUGGAUCUGUGUAUUUGAUUUUGUACUUUGAAUGUGACAGUAAACAUUUUGGGAGAAACCCUUUUUCUGUUGUUUAUUAAAGUAAGCAUAUAAAGAACAUCACUUUCUACAGACAUAGGAAAGUCCAGCUGUAUGAGAUCUUGGCAGAGAUUGCAAAAGAAUGUAUUAGGUAAACAACUACAAGUGGUGUGGAGAUUGACCCCCCCCCCAAAAAAAAAUUAACAGCUUAGGUUCUUGACACAAGCCCUUUAGAGUGUUAGGUGAGAGAAUACUCUAGAAUUUUUAGAGGUUGGAAGAAUUUGAACUGAUAAGCACAUGAAUACAGUUGUCUUAUUUUGGACUCAGCGCUGCCCAGGACUUGCAGGUAGUUUCCCGAGUUCACAGCAAGAUAGCCAGGAGCGGCACCUAGUCCCCAGCAAUAACAAGUUUCAAAAAGGUCUCUAGCACAGGGGAAGCUCUAAGCUGGAAGCUGCUCACUCUGCCAGGCCCUGGUCUGUAGUCGGUCACCUAUCCUGUAGGACUACAAAAUUCCAGAUUUGCAGCAAUCUCUUUGCCUCAUCUGUCUCAGGUCUACACUGAGAUCUGUUCUCUAGGCCGGUGGUCAAGAAAUCAUUUUCUGAAGUAGAGAGAAAUUAGGUACAAGGCAGGUAUGUAGAAAGAGCAAUAAUCAAAAUUUUCAAGAAAGUGCCUGAAAAAGAUUUGAGGUUUUGUGUUUCACCAAACAGUGGCUCCAUCUUUGAUACCUCUGCCAGCCAUGAGCUCUAUGUGCAGUUUCUUCUGUAAUUAAGAAAUCACGAAUACUAUCAAGGAUUGCUUGGAAAAAUACUUUAAAAAGUUCGUAGAAACCAGGUAAUUACAGAGUUACUCCCAAGUAUUUUCUACUGUUAAGAUUUUUAAUAAUUAGUGACAGUUUAUGUGACUAUUCAAAGACAGGUUUGAUAGGGUCUGCCUUGCUUUCCCAUUUACCAGGCAGACUGUCUACCUUACCACACCCUAGCACUUUUGUCAUCCCCUCCUGUGGCCAUCAUUUCAAAGUUCAUCCAGCACUUCUCCAUUGCCUAACAGCACACAAUAAAAAGGCCUAGGUGUGAUGCUUUAAAGAUAUUUAUAAAAUUAGGAUACUGUUUUCUGACCAUCAACUUGUUAGUACAUUUUGACUUCUGUAGUCAUAACCUUUGUAGAUAGAUGUCCUUCAUGUGACUUUGGUAACAUUGCUAAAAGCACCCAAACAUGAUUUGCUGUUGAAAAAAACUUAUGCCACAUCUCUUCCCCUUUCAAGAGCUAGUUUGAAACCCCACAUAUUUUCAUUUUGUCUUUUACUGGUAUUACUUUCAGUGCAUCCCAUGAGCACUUUGACUCAAGUGUAAUAUACUCAAAAGUGUAAUGUAGUGGUACCAAAUCUGAUGAAUAAAGUACAGACGAUAGCUUAAAAUGUAAUUUGACAAUACCAGCAGAUAAAUAAAGCCAC